ACAAAGGAAACAAUCACUCUCAUUCCGCAUCCGCAACUAAGUGCAGAGGCAGAAUGCGGGGCGGGCAGUUCCUCUUCCCACUCUACGUGGAGCCAGAAGAUGCUGCUGCAGCGGAUGCACCUGAGUCGCUACAUCCAGUCACCUCCAAUCCAGUGGCAGGUGACGAGCCUUUCAACCCGCAGCGGUUGGCGACGCUCAUUCGCUCUUCAACCACCAACGCAUUCGGCCCGUUAGCUGAGACGACGGAGAUAGCAGCCGACGUGUUAAACUCACUCCCCAGGUGGGCUCAGGCGGUUGUGCAGACAGGAUGCUUUAAUGCUGCUGGGACGAUGUCAUCUCCUAGGAGCAGGUUAAAGCGAAUUUCGGAACAGCGGAGGGAAUCAGACAGCAGGAGACCGCGAAAGAAACGAUCACUCAAUAGCGGUGUGGGUCGUGAUGGCUUGACAGACGAAGAAUCUAGUGAACUGCACGUUGGUUUGUAUGAGCUGAGUGUGGAGCUAGGUGAAAACCCGGAGAUGGAAGACGAUGAAGAGCUGCCAAUGGUUUUCACCCAGGCUGAGACCACUGCGGACAGCAUUGAGAAGUAUGCCGAGUUGCUGGAGAGAUUGGUUGAAUUGGCGGUAGAUCGACAGCAAGCGAUUGAUCUUGAACCGAAUGAUGCAGAUGUGUUUCAGCCCGAGGAAGUGAAGAUAUUGCGGCAGUCGCUGAAAGCCAUGACAAAAAACAACUGGAUUAACAAGCUGGAGCCAGAAUUGCUGAUCUCGCUGAUGCGCACAUUCGAUACACAGGUGCGACAGGGCCUAGCCGUGGAUGUGUUGGGCGCUGAACUAUCGCCCAAAAAAGCAAAAGGAGAAGCGCAGAUUGAUGAGCAACUGGUUCAGAAGCUCUUAGCAUCGCUUGAUGUAGCAGUUUGUGAGCUGAUCGUGAUGGCAACUCCUCAGAUUGACAGACGAAUUCUAUCAGAGGAGACUAUUGAGAACUGCUUUCAGCUCCUGCAUCACACUAUACGGUGCCUACUGCUUCCAUGCAUUGACACGUCAUUUGUGACGACUGCAUCUGCACCAGUAGCAAAAGAAAACGAUGGAAGACAAUCAACUGGCCGCAAAAGUCGUGGUUCCACUCGAGUAAAUCUGCGUGCGAACAAAUACGCUCGCAGGGCCGUCGAGCGAGUUUCUCAUGUUGCGUGUGAGUUUAUGGACCAGCUUGCUACGCUUGUUUUAAGUGUAAAGCUCGCGGAUCGAUGGAUACUCCGAUUGUCUUCGUCGAUGGUGGAACUCUUUGCUUUAGAUUACAGUUCGUUUGCCACGUCAUUACAGCAAAGCGCAUUAGGCAUCUUGCGGGGUAUAUUCUUUCAGUACAAGCCUCAUCGUGAGUCAUUACUUGGAGAUAUUGUGGAGAUCAUGGUGAAGCUUCCUACUACCAAACGCACGCUUAGGACGGUAAAGUUAUUGAAUUCCAACGACACGGUGCAGCGUAUAUCAACAUUAGUGGUGUCGAUAAUUCAGUCUUGUGCUGCUGCUGCUGGGAACCGUGGAGCGAUGGAAACUGAGAUGGACGUGCAUCAAGAUGUGACUGAAGUAUCGUCAACUUCGGAUACUGUCGCUGAAGAAAAGUCUCAACACAGGGGUGAUGUGGUUAGAACAACAUUGGACGAUGCACGAAACAGUGCCAGGUCAUUCAUGCGGAUGCUGCUAAAAGCAUGCUGGAAGAAAACCGAAGAACGUGAUAAUCGCGUGGUACUAGACAACUUUACUGAAGACCUCCUCCUAAUGUUUGUACGCCCUGAAUGGGCAGGAGCAGAAGACUUAUUGGAGGUGUUGAGCUCCUCGCUGGCAAGCAUCCUACACGCAAAUAUCGCUGCAGACGUGAAAAAUCCGGAUUCUCAUCGGAGCUUGGCAGCGUUGAACCUGGUUGGAAAAAUAUGUGCCUCCAUUAAACGGUAUCAGCGCGAGGUUGGUCGAAAUGCCGUGAAGGAUGAUAGUGGCUCUAUUGCCAUCAUUGAAGAGCAUACAAAUAACUUACGUGCAGUCCUAGAUUCCAAGGGAAAACGCUCCAAAGGAGCACUGCUAAACUCUUGCGACAAGUUGUUUGACGAGAUUACGCUGAAACACAUUGUUGUGAUGCACCUCCAACGGCAAAAAUUUGGUCACGACGAUUCGAAGAAGGUGCUUAUCUUGAAAUUCAUCUCGGAAUCAGAAGCUCAUCGGAGUGGAGCUGAUUCAGCUUUUGUACAACGCGAAAGGAAUUUGUGGGAGUCGUUGUGGGGAGCGUCCAAGGGAGGUGUGAACUCGACAUUUAAAGUGGCUCCCCCCACGAUCGAGUUAGCGCUGAAAUCCAGUUUACAACUUGCUGUGAAACGUGGAUUCUGUGGUCUGUUCGACAAAUUACUAGCUCACAUUAUGGCUCUGCUCUCGAAAGGAAUGCCGAGUCUUAGAGCACGAGUUAUGAAAUGUCUGAGAGUAAUUGUCGACGUCGAUCCAAUGCUUAUGGCAGAAGCUGGAGUGCAGCUAGCCGUUGAGAGAUGUUGCUCGGAUGAAAAACCUUCAGUUCGUGAAGCAGCUGUCAAUUUAAUUGGGACUUACGUCCUGUUACAGCCCCUCUUGGUACGACAAUUAUCGUUUUCAACUCGUUCUAAGCUAAUCACUAUUUCUUGUAUCCAGUUUGACAAGUAUUUUGACGUGCUUGCUGAAAGAAUGCGCGACAAAGGCAUCAAAGUUCGAACAAGCGUGUGUAGGAUCUUCAAAAUAGCGAUUUCCAUGCAAGAUCCGUCUGGCAAGACAAUUACUGAAAAAGAGCUUCGCCGUAAAAGUGCUUGCAUGCGAUGUCUGGUGGAACGAGUUGGACAUGCGGCUGAAGAUCAAGCUGUCAAGAAUUUCAUCAUUGAUACGUUUCAAGAAGUUUGGUUUGGUAGCGAACUUACAUCCUCCAGACUCUCGCACCCGUUUGGUGUAUUUGGUGAUGAAAACGCUCUGCCACCUGGUUGGACCGCUGCUCCAGCCAGAAUCCAUGAAAAGGAUGAUGCCACGACAGAGGAAAGCGCCAAGUUUGUUUCCGAAGAUGGUAGCGUCGCCAACUCGGUGGAAGAAGCGUGGUCUUCGUAUCGAACUCCUACCGUUACUCCAUCCACUUUAGUAAAGAGCAACGACUCGAAGCUGGACACCAGUUCUGAAAUUGUUGCAACCAUUGUUGAGGUCAUUCACGGUGUUCCAAACCUAGGCUGGUUUGCGGAACUGCUUAAAAGACUGUUGGGAGAACGCAAUCGAAAAAUGGGGGCACACUCGACAAAAGAUCGAUAUUCUCAAGUUGCAAUCGCUGAAGAUCGCUCAGGCACGAUCGUUGAUCGUCUGGUGGAGUGUCUAAUGGGUUUACAAGAAGGCAAACUUCUCAAGGGCGUUUCGAUAGAGCAAGCGCACGAGCAGUUUGUGGCUUGCAUGACUGCUCUAUCUGCUUUUUGCGAAGCGAAGCCCCAGCUUUUGGCUCGCCACCUCGAAACAAUUCGCGUAUACCUGAAAGAAAAGGAUCUCAAGAUCCAAAGUUUAUCGGUAUCGAUGAUAAAAAACAUCUUGGGCGUCAAGCGAGUGCCGCAGACUUUUGCUACGAGAUUAGAAAAUGAUUUGAGGCUUCUAGUGCUAAGCUCUUCCCCAAGUGUUGUUGGUCCAAGUAUCCAAUGUCUCGCAACGCUUUCGACAGCGACGAAAAAGGUGCCGGUAUUAUUGCUCGGCCUGCUGGAGAAGUUUUUGUUCUACAUACACAAGUACAAACAGAGAACGUCGCUCACCGAUUUGUCGGAUCAAGACAAUGUUGUGCUUCAGCGGGCAUUGUUUGUCGCCGGGAAAAUAGCUGGUUCGACGGACAUUGAUAAUUGCCCAGCACUUGCAAAAGAAGCGAAGGUGGUCACGAUUGGAACUAUUACAGAAUCUCUCUAUGAGCUGUAUGCUCAAUUUGCCCGAAUGCCAGGGAACGAUACAUGCGCGGCAAAAGCUGUUCAAGGAAUGGGAUUCCUAUUUCCCAUCCGGCCGCGCUUGUUUCUCCGGGCACAGCAAGAUGGCUUGUUAAACUAUCUCUUGACGGCAAAUACUCGAAAGGCGAAGUUGCAAUGUCUUGUUAGUAUGAAGGAGCUAUUGCUUUCCGAAGAACAACGGUUGGACAAAGGCGUGGCGACUCGAACGAUGAAUCAAUCAAAGAGCAAGGAGCAACAAGUUCAAGGAGAUCAAGAAGCUGACGCCUCUUUAAUCGGCAAUGUCAUGCAGGCAGAGCUGGGAAACAUCUUGCAGCUAUCACUACAGAAGGUGCCACAGAUUCGCAAAGAGGCCAUCGCAUGCAUUGACGCAUUACUUACGCAAGGCUUGGCGAAUCCGUUUCCGUGCAUUCCGAACGUGGUGGCACUUGAGACUGAUCGCGUCCCGGAUGUUCGGGAUGCGGCAUUCUCUCUGUUGUUGGCGUUGUACGGCAGAUUCAGGACCCAGUUCCAUACGCAAUUGGUUAAAGGGGUCCAGGCCUCGUACUCGUUUCAGCUAAGUGUGUAUGGCGAUGCCACAGCGCUCGGAAUCGACGAGAACGAGAAGGCUUAUUGCCUCUUUGGACGACUGUACGCGAAUUGCGUCAGCUCAGCAAAAUCGCAUGGAUUUCUUCGGGCACUAAUGAAUCAGUUUACCGACCAGGGGAGUGUACUGCAACCACUGAAGAGCAAACCGCUUGCCACUAACAGCAAGACCUUCACGACCAGCCUGAAAUAUCUGUGCUAUCUAGCACAAAUCAUUUCAACGCUGCCCUACGAAGUGGAGGACGAGCCGCUGUACAUUAUUUAUUCGAUCAACCGCUACGUAAGCCUUCGACUCGGCCCCGUGUUGGACGAUCUCAAGAAAUCCUUUGCCGAAGCGGGUGUGCCACAAAUACUACUUGAUGAUGAUGAAGCAGACCCCUCGAGGAUAAAGAUCGAUGAAUAUCGAUUGCGCCCGGUAGCCGACUCUAUGCUGACAUCGCAGGCUAACAACGCACGAAUUUCUUUCGCGAUUGCGCUGAUGCUUCGUCUGAAGUUCACGCUCAAGCGGAACUACAAGCUCGACAACGAAAAAUGUGCUACGUACAAACCAUCGUCCACAAAUGCUCCAGAGGAGGCGAAAGAACGGUCUCCCAAGAAACUCCUACUGCCUUCGGUCGAUGAUUUGUGCCAGACUGACGAUCCAAUUCAGAUGAACUGGAACCUGUUAAUGGUUGCCUGGUAUGCGGCCCGAGAGGACCAGAAGCAGUUGGAUAUCGACAUGGAAGCAAAUCAAAAGCCUAAGGCUGCUCCAAAGCGAAGACGCCGUUCAAUCAAAGACUCCUCCUCUAAGAAACCGAAGCUGCAGGAGAACGCGAGCGAGGACGAGUACGUCGAAGGUUUUGAUUAAGUGUGGUUCCUUUUUACGGCAACUAGUUUUGAGUGAAAUUUGCGAGUUAUUUGAUCUUUUUCACCUUCGUCUACC